UGCAGAGCCACAUCUAACAAUCAAUCUUUUAUGGUGCGUUUUGGGCAAUCGCUGUUUAGGGAAUGGCAAUCUUAUUUAAACAGAUGCGGAAUGUUAUUUUUGUCCAUUUGCUGCCGGAAAAUAUGGAGUUAUUACGGGAAUUAUUGCAACUGCACUGUCGAGUUUAGAGCCAAAGAAAGCAGUAUCAAAACAGUCAAUCAGUUUAAGCAUACCUGGUGGCACAGUUGAUGGAUUUUGACAGCCUCUGCAGCUGUACUAUUUUCCCCCAGGCCACCACUCCCUCAGCUGCUGUUGUUUUCACUCCCAACCCUUUGCCUACCUCCUCCCCCACCAUUCCACCCCUUCCGCUUUUACUCAACUGAUCUUUAGUUCUUCACCAGACCUGAGACAGCUUAUCUGCUUCGAGGACGCAGCUACGCUGGGGAUCGAAGACAGUUUUCAGGGUUCUUCAGACAGGCGAAGUGAGCGGGAUGUGGCCACCCACACUGACCCUGGAUCUGCUCCUGCUGGUCAGUUUGUUCCUCGGUGCCUGUGGUGAACAAAUGUCUUACAGACCUCAGAACUGCACGAUUGAAUGCAUCCGACGGGGAGAUCCAAGAUGUGAAUACUGCAGAAUCUCAGCAGACGAUGUACAGAUAUCUCCCAGAAUUCCCUCCUACAGCCCUUUUGGAAGUUGCGUGCCUUGGCCUUGUCACUCUUUUCUAGGUCAAGAAACCCCAGAGGUUUGCCAACAUUAUGUCCAUGCACCACACAAUAUUCAGAUUGAAUUUGAAGCCAGUGAAGAACCAACAUAUGAUGCAAUUACUGUGUCAUGGAACCCGAGCCAAUACGGUAUCGAGUUCUUACGUGGAUUCCAAGUAACCCUCCAGGCUCUUGGUGGAUCUCAGAUCUUAUGUCAACUCUUUCUCCUGGGUACCAAUCUGUCACUCACACCUGCACAUGCCCAGAGAGUCUAUCACUCGGAUCCCUUCACGCAUCUGUUUUUGGAUAGCGAGUAUGCUGUGACUGUCAUGGCACUGCCCGUUCCCGAGCGGUGGGACCAAUUCUAUCAGAAGAAACAGUUUUUCACACGCACAUGUCCUGAAAAAAAUGGUCUCGAAGAGUGUAAGAAAGACUGGUAUCCCAGAUACGUUGAGGUCCACGAGGAGAACCACCAAGUUUAUGUGACCUUUAACCUUGCACCUGAGAACUUCAACAUCCGUCAGUAUUUUUCAUCAUGUUUUGGAGGCGGCCUGCGGAAUUACACGAGCAUUAAACCAGAUUUCAGUCUCAAUAAGACACAUCACACAUUCCGACUGCAGAAUCUCCAAGCGGGUACAAACUACACCUGCGAGAUUGCUGCCGAUGUUGUGGAUGCAGUCAGGAAAACAUUCAUUGUUGUAGUAAAACACCGUUCUGAAGAGCUGCCAACUUCACGUUUCACAGAGAGCUCUUCACUAAUGGUGCUCUUGUCCGUGGGAAUCCUGCUUGCUGCUGCCGCUCUGCUCGCCUUCAUCAUCGUCUACAAGAACAGACUCAAAAAGAAAUUGGUCCAUACCAAAAUGAGACCAGAGAUCAUUGAACAGUACUAUGACAAGAAACUGGAUGAAGGUCAGUGUGUUUUGCUGGACAGAACCACCUGUCCCCCUCGCCUCCUGAUUUGCUACUCAAGUAAUGAUGGUCCCGCCCACGUCAGAGUCGUGCUCCAACUGGCUGCGUUUUUGCAAAAGCACAUGGGUACCCAAGUACAUUUGGACUUGUGGGAGGCCUUGAGCAUUAUGGAGGAGGGCAGUAUGGGGUGGCAUUGCAGGAGAUUGAAUGAGUGUGACUUUGUGUUGGUCAUCUGCUCACAAGGUCUCCUUCAGAAUCAGAAGCAGCAGUCUGAGGACGAGGAACCGUUAGAGAACACUGCUUUGGCAAUGGUUUCCAUGAUCGGAGAGGAGCUGUGCCGUGCCAAAGCGUUAGGUCGAGACCUCUCCAAAUACAUGGUGGCCAUUUUUGAGUACUCACAAGAGUCUGAUAUCCCCGCGGCACUUGGUCUUGCGUCAAGAUACUCCUUGACUAAAGACCUACCCUUGCUCUUCUCUCAUCUUCACGGAGUGGCUUUGCAGAAGCCCGGAGUUUACCUACAGGUGGAGAACAUUUCAGAAAGUGGGUACUGUAAACUCCCAGCUGGGGCUGCACUACAGCUGGCCAUCCAGGAGGCCACGGCGCAGUUCUCAGAGGAGCCGACCGAAGAGGAACAUGUAGGAAUUCCAAUCAUUUCAUAAGGACUUCAAAAACUGAAUCAAUUAAUUGACUCACUUCAUCAUUUUAACGAAACAGUCCCUUUACUGAUGGAUUCCACCAGGACUUCCUUGGUAGUCGCUCCUACUAAUCUAACAUUUCUGAUUUACAUCUUUUGAAUGCCCGACCAUAAAAUGAGCAAGAAAA